CCAUCAUAUCAGUACCAAAAAGUUCAGCAAGAUGUGUAUUAUACGAAACAUUCUUCUUUUUUUCAUAGUAUUCGGUGAAUAUGGUGGAAUUUUUAUGAAGACUUUUACUAUUAAUUUAGAACUGUACAAUAAUAAUUUUUCGGGAAAAUACAAAAUGCAAAUUUCAAGCAGGAAUAACACUCUUAACAAAAAGAUUUUGAAAGAUGCUCCAAUUGACAUUCGUUGUCCUUUAGAAAUUUUACUUCACGGAUAUCAAGAAAAAAGUAUGGGGAUGGAUAUGCUUUGGGCGGGUACAGCGAUGGGGGACGGAUGGAUCACCAAAUGGACGGAAAAAAUUAAAGAUGGUCUACUUCAAAAGACAUGCAAUAACGUUCUAAUUGUUCAUUGGGAUAAAUAUGCAAAAGGAGACUUUCAAAAAAUAAUUAAAUCGAAUCUAAGAAAUAUAAAGACACAUUUUUCGAGGUAUCAUUCAUUUACUACAAACGAGUGUGGAGCGUUAACUAAUGAAUGGAGGAAUCAUCAGAUGCUUUAUCUACAGGAAUAUAAUAAAGUGAUAGAUAAUGCGCGCAAAAUUGCAAAAUUUCUUGGAAAAUUCCUCUCAUACUUACCCAAACUAAAACGUUUUAACAUUAAAGAUAUACGAAUUAGAGGUUUUUCAUUAGGAGCACAUUUAGCCGGAUUUAUUGGUAAAGAAAUAAAUAUGAAAACUGGUAAAAAAGUAGGACGUAUUACUGGGCUAGAUCCAACAGGGCCAUUAUUUUAUUCACUUUCAGCUGAUAAUCGUUUGGAUAAAGGUGAUGCAUUGUUUACCGAUGUAAUUCAUACUAAUGGAGCUUUAUUUGGAAUAUAUGAACCAAUUGGCCAUGCUAAUUUUUAUCCCAAUAAUGGAUGUGGUAUGAAAGAGAAAUCAAGAAUAAGCGAUUUCAAAAGGAUGGACAUCAUUGGAGAGCUUUUAACUUCUACUUAUAGCCAUUACAAGGCUACGCAGUACUUUUUUGAAUCUAUAGAUUCAGAUGAAUUUUUGUCUACACCAUGUGAUUCAUAUAAGAACUUUGAAGAAGGCAAAUGCAAUGGAAACCAAGUAUUUAUGGGCUAUAACGUAAAUACUACACUUGCUAGUGGAAAUUAUUAUCUCGAUAUAAAGGACGAUAAAGAACCUGAUUUCGGAUUAUAACCAUCCAAGCAAAAUCCAGCAUAUGACUUCUCCG